ACUUAAUUAUUGCAAAGAUCGAAUGAAACUCUUCUCAUAGUGAUCGUAUGUAGGAAAUACUAUCAGAAAGGGUACCGUGAACGAGGAAUUCUUACGGCUUCUACGAGACACGUAUAAGGUUUCCAUCUUCGAUUACUGUAAUACGUCUAAUCUGGUUUCGACCCCCCUUAAUCACCUUCUAUUUUGUAUUUCCUUACAACUGGUACAAGUUGCAAUUUAGUAGUUGUCUCAGCAAUUACAUGGUAUAUUUUUCGUUUAUUUUUAGCUGAAAAAACGCAUGACUAAUAGAAACGACUUUUCUUCGAGUGAUUGCUCGUUCUUACUAAGCGAAUAAGAUAUAUAUCGUAAGAUUCACAGUGAGAACCUCCGGUAUUUUUAUUAUAUAUUAAUGAAAUAAUUAUCAAACAAUAAGAAUAAUGGAAAAACCAUGCAGAUUACGCAUAUGUAUACGAACGUUCCAAGGUUUUAUUCAGCCUAAAGAAUAGGGAAAAGCAAAACAGGUACGGGUCGAGUGGGAAGGCAAGAGCUAUCGCGUAGCUGCGGGUUCAGUAACAAUCUUAUUUGUGGAGUAACUCGGUUCAAUCGGCUGCCUGGUUGGUGGGUCGUUGGUGUUUUCAAUAAAACGGUAUAAUCGGUAGAAGAUAAUUAGGAUCAAGAUUUCUGAUCGAUCACGAUGUACGUUUUGAAAGAAAAUCAGUGGUUUUCCAAAACUCAAGCUCAUCUUAUGGAAGAGGAUACGGUUUGCUCGCGAGGUGUGACGCUUACCUGGAGAGAUCUUUCUGUAUACGCAAUGAAUCGCGGACGAAAAAACAUGUGCAAGCAAUUAAUCAAUAAUGUGAAGGGCGCGGCCAAACCUGGCGAUCUAACAGCGAUAAUUGGUGCAAGCGGUGCUGGCAAAAGUUCAUUGAUGGCAGCGCUGGCUUUUCGCACCGGACCCGAACUUUUAAUCCACGGUGAUAUACGAGCAAAUGGAACGCCAGUCGAUUCUUCUUACAUGAUGCAUAACAGUGGUUAUAUGCAUCAAGAGGAUAUAUUUGUCGCAACGAUGACAGUGAUCGAAUAUCUUUGGUUCAUGGCUCGAAUGAAACUCGACGGACGUGUGCAAGUAUCAGACAUCCGAAGAAAAAUUGACGGUUUAUUGAGAGACGUUGGUUUAACCAGCAGGCGCGAUGUACGAAUUGGUAGUGACACCAACGACAAAGUAUUAUCUGGCGGUGAAAAAAAGAGGUUGUCCUUUGCCACGGAAUUGUUAACAGAUCCGAAAAUAUUGUUCCUGGACGAACCAACGACCGGGCAAGACUCGCAUUCGGCAAAUUGUUUGAUAUCUCAACUGAAAUCGUUCGCAGCUAAAGGACGAACAGUGUUGUGCACCAUACAUCAACCGAGUUCCACUAUAUUCAGUUGGUUCGAUCGAAUAAUAUUAAUUGCCGAGGGUCGAGUUGCGUUUGCAGGUGGAAUCGACCAGGCAGUGGAAUUUUUUGCAAGUCAGGGAUACGAGUGUCCGCGGAAAUACAAUCCAGCAGACUUCCUAAUAGCGAUCGUGGCUACGGGCUCGAAGAACGAGGAUGGUGAAGAAAUAGCUCACGAGAUAUGCGAUGUUUUCUCAACUAGCAAAGCGUACAACGAAAUCGAUCGUAUAUUAGAAAAGCAGAUGCGAUCGAUGCAUUCUCUGAAUUCUAGAUCGCAAUUACUUCCCGACGACAAAUUUAUUACAAGAAAAGAAGUACGAUAUUGUUCCCGGCUUUACUGGUUGAUUUAUCGACACUUUUUGCAAGUUUUGAGAGAUCCAUCCGUACAAAUUAUUCGAAUACUUCAGAAAGUGAGUGUGGCAACGAUCGCCGGUUUGUGCUUCGUGGGUGCUGUAAAUUUUGAUCAGCUUGGAAUUCAAGCUACGCAAGGCGUCAUUUUCAUCUUGGUGUCUGAGAACGCAUUUUUUCCAAUGUACGCUACGUUAGCCCUGAUACCGCAGGAGCUACCGCUUCUUCGAAGAGAGUACCGAGCUGGGAUGUAUCCGGUUUAUCUGUACUAUGCUGCGCGUAUACUUUCUUUGGCAAGUAAAGAAUCAUUAGUAAUUCUCUCGCACAGUCUUGUACUAAAGGGAAAUUAUUUAAAAACUAUGCAUGAAUUCCAGAUACCUGGUUUAAUAAUAGAGCCGCUAUUAUUUGCAACGAUCAUAUAUUGGUUAGCUGGAUUGCGAGAUAACGUCGAAACUUUUGGGUUCACGUUACUUGUGCUCCUACUUACUAUAAACGUAUCGACUGCGUGCGGAUGUUUCUUUUCAACGGCAUUUGAGAGCGUACCGUUAGCGAUGGCUUAUUUAAUACCGUUCGACUAUAUUCUUAUGAUUACUAUGGGUCCUUUUCUCAAAUUAGGAUCGUUACCGUUAUACAUUCAAUGGAUCAAAUACAUUUCUUGGUUGCUACACUCCAGCGAAGCACUUUCCAUUUUACAAUGGAACGGUGUGCAUAAUAUAUCUUGUGAAACAACUGAUCCUGAAUUACCUUGCAUCACCGAAGGAAUCGACGUGCUACAUCGUUACGACUUUGAUGAAACUAAUUUUUGGAUGGACAUGCUGUCGAUGGUAGUUAUUUAUCUCGUCUUUCACAUCCUUGCCUGCGUGUGUCUAUGGAAUCGUUGUAGAUGCAAAUGAGAAAGUACUCGUGAUAUCAUGACGUUAAUUACCAUGCUGACUUCUUUGUAUUCGUUUAAAAUAUAUUCGUGUAUUAAAUAAUAGUAAGAAUAAAAUAUGGUUUUAAAAUUCAAA